UACAUCAAGGUUGCCUCUUCAAUAUUGGACGCGUAUACAAUCUUUAAUUUGAGUGCCAUAAAUGGUUUGGCUUAGCGUCUGAAGGGGCUUGACAGUUUUGUUCGUAUUGUGAAAUUUACGUGCUAUUUAAAAAAAAAAAAGUUUUGUGUUGGAUAUUUAUGGAAACCAUAGAAAUUAGAAAUCACCUAGGAUGUAUUUGUUACACAAUUAAGAUAACAGAAGAUCUUCUAAUAAAUAAGUUAAAAUCAUUUUUUCAUAUGACACAUGAAUGUUUAGCAGUUCUAGCUGUUUUUAGGUUGUAAACAGUCGUGGUCUAAUUUAUUUUGGGCGCAGUGCAUUGACGAAAAAAUGGCUAUCGCAAAAUCUCACAUAACAAUUCUUUUAGCUGUGACGGUGUUUUUCUUGGUCGCCAUUCGUCUUUACUAUGACAAAGAAACGUAUCUUACUUUGUAUAAAAAUGAAGCCAACAAGGCGGAAGAGAGACUACAGCGCUACCUUACGGGCGGAGUAGACAAAAAUGAUGACGUAUACUUUACCAUGUCACGAUUGGUGGAGCAGCGUAAUAAUAUCUCCCGAAUUCUCAACAAGAAACAACAGAAAAUAGGCCAGCUGGAAUGCGAGUCGAGUGCCAAAGGCAAGACCUUCAAGAUCUCCUCAACUGGUGGUUGGUGUGCGCAGUCAAGCGUAGAAAACUCAGGGCAACAUAAGACGGACACGCAGCUAGUGCCAGUGUUAGCAGAGUUCUUUAAAGACAAGUGUGUGGGAUCAUUUGGUGACGGUCCUGGGAGGUACAAGCAGCUCCUCACCGACACAAAAAAGCUCAAAGGAUACGACGCGUAUGAUGGGGCACCGUUCAGUGAGAAGACCUCCGAGGGUCGCGUCAGCUACCUGGACCUCACCCUCCCCCAAUAUGGACUUCCACUGUACGACUGGAUUAUGAGCCUGGAGGUGGCAGAGCAUAUCCCCAGGGAGUACGAGUCUGUGUACAUCGACAACAUUGUCAGGCACGCCAAGGAGGGCGUUGUGCUUAGCUGGGCAGUUCCAGGCCAAGAAGGUUACUCACACAUCAACAUGCGAACUUUCGAAUACGUUAAGGAUCUCUUUGACAAGCUUGGCUUCGAUCAUGAUGCGGAGAGCUCGGAGAAAUUGAAAAAGGCGUCAAAACUGGAAUGGCUUAGGACCAACACAAACGUGUACAGGCGGAGGGAUACAUCUAACAUUGAGCACUUGAAAACAUUUCUCACAUGAUGAUAUUUAUGUACAGUUUUUAGAUUUAUAUGUAUUGCAAUAAAAAUGGUGUUGUUUUAAACUCAAUAGAGUUUAAUGUUGGGAUAUAACAGCAGUUUUUAAUGUAAGCUUUAAAGGUGAUAAUGAAAUAAUACACAUAAUAUAAUUAUUUAAUGUAAGUACCGUUAGUAUUCGUAUGUAAUCGUUUAUAAAUAAUCUGAUGGAAACAAAUGCAAAAUAUCCAAUUAAUCAAGAAUGAUUUUAGUAAGCACUGGGUUGUAUAGAGGCAUUCGCAAGGUAUUUGGCGCUGAACACUUAGAAAGUAAGCAUAUAGGUUUGGUCUUCUUAAGGAUGAAGUCGGCGCCUGGCUUAGGCUGGCCUUUCAAGGUAAACGGUUACAAGUCCAAAAAUAAACACUUACUAAAACAUAGUUUUGUCCUUCCUUAAACUAAUGUAAUGUAUAAGACCUGCACAUAAGUUAUGUAAAAAUACUAUAGUUGUAAAGAAUUAUGCUAAAGUAUCCAAUAUGAAUUACCUCCCUUGAUUGAUUUAGUCUGAAUAGUCCAAAAAUAGCCGAGUGAAAGGCAUCUUCAAAUGUUACAUUUCCUAGACAAUGAUGGUUUAUUUCUGCUGAAAAAACACACACAGAAAUCGCUUGCUUUUUCCAAAAAUAAUACAUAUACAUAUACACAGAUUGCCAAAUGUAAUACUGUUUCCAUUUAAUAUUAGAUGUAUACAGUACUACAUAUGGCAAUGAUUUUGUGUUGAUGUUUAAACCCAUGUCCCGUGGCAGCCGCAUUAAAUGUCCUGUCCCGUGCGUUUCCAAGUAUUUCAAGAGCUGACCUUUAAUUGGCUUGCGUUUUCUUUCAAAAUGAUUUUUUGUAACUGAUUACAUCGACUUUAACUAUGUUUUUCAUACUUUCUACCUCGGUUUCAAAGUGUGUUAUUUUACUUUAUGUACAAGUAUACAUAUAAUUAGUUGUUGUCAUUUUCGCACGUCAUACUAAGAUGACUAUAAAUCAACUGCUAGAUGUUUAUUCCCGCACACGCCCUCUGUUGUCCGCCGCCCCUUAGAUUUUAUUGACUCAAAUAAAAAUGUUGAACUUGGGUCUGUAUUUGAGUAUGGGCCCGGUACCGUCCGGAAACGGCGUUUAUUAAUACCUACGGUGUCGAUGUAUAACAUUCAUAUGUAAAAAAGGAGCAUUAUAACGAUGGUGUUCGUGGUUUAUCUAGAAACACACGCAUAUGGUCCCUUAUGCAUUUAGCAAGAGCAUGCUCACAUGUUCAAUAGCAAAACAGUUUUCUAUAAAGCAAGAUGAAAAGAUGUCACUCCCGCCCCCUUUCAAAUAAGAAUGUUGAUUGAAAUCUAGCAAUUAAUUUAUAUUCGCCUAGAUGCUAUUGUGUUCGUGUCACUCUUGUCAUUUUAUUAACCAAGUCAAGAUUGUCAUUGGGAGUCAUAAAACUGUUCCGAGAUCUGUCAUUGAUUAUACAAUAUAAUAAAUGUGUCACUAAUG